CUCCCGUUACGCACGCCUUUCAACAAGAUGCCUCCCGCGCGUACUCGCUCCACUGUCUCCGGUACAGCCGCCGUAGUAGCAGUAAUGACACGCAAGUACGGCGGCUUCGCGUAGGAGGAGCUUGUGGCGUGUUUCCGCUAGGCCAUGAGCGAAAGGUACACACGGUAAUCUAUGAACCCUUACUCGGAAUUACUGAAUAGUAGUGAUAGAUUAGUUUCCAGCAAUUGAACGGCGGCAGAUAAAGCAGAAGUGGUUACAUUACUGUGCGCAACGUGAGGCUGUUUGUUGGGAAGGAGUGGCAGCGUUAGACGGAGGACUGCGAUGGAAGCCGAGUUUCAGGAUAUCGAUGAAAACGGGAGUUGGAUGGAAAUCUAUCAGGAUAUUCGACAGCAGUCAUGUGAUCUGCCGUGCAAAGUUGCCAAACUACCUGAAAACAAGAUUCGGAACCGCUACAGAGAUGUCAGCCCUUUUGAUCACAGUAGAAUACAUCUGCAGCUUGGUGCUAAUGACUACAUCAAUGCAAGUUUAAUAACUGUGGAGGAGACACAGAGGAAGUACAUCCUCACUCAGGGACCCCUUCCAACAACAUGUGGCCAUUUCUGGGAGAUGGUUUGGGAACAAAGGUCACGAGGUGUGGUGAUGCUCAACAGAGUCAUUGAAAAGGGCUCGAUCAAAUGUGCCCAGUACUGGCCUCAGAAAGAGGAAAAAGAUGCUAUUUUUGAAGACACCAACUUUAAAGUCAACUUUGUUUCAGAGGAUGUUAAAUCGUACUACACUGUUCGUCAGCUGGAGCUGGAAAAUCUAUGUACAGGAGAGACUCGUGAGAUCCUACAUUUUCACUACACUACCUGGCCAGAUUUUGGAGUCCCAGAGUCUCCUGCAUCCUUCCUAAACUUCCUGUACAAAGUUCGGGAAUCUGGCUGUCUGAACUCGGACCAAGGUCCCGUGGUGGUCCACUGCAGCGCCGGCAUCGGCCGCUCCGGGACCUUCUGUUUAGUGGACACCUGCCUCCUAUUGAUGUCCAUGCGGCGGGAUCCUUCAUCUGUUCGUAUCCGUGAUGUUUUACUGGAGAUGCGACGUCACAGAAUGGGUCUGAUCCAAACGGCAGACCAGCUGCGCUUCUCUUACCUUGCUGUGAUCGAAGGCGCCAAGUACAUUGACGGAGACAAGACUCUACAGGAUUCAUGGAAAGAGAUUUCACGUGAAGAAGACGAGCCUCCAGAGUUCAGUCCUCCACCGCUGCCCCCGCCCAGGGACCCCAAACCAGAGCCACGAUUUUUCCCCAUAAACACGGUCCACUGCCUUGGGUCUUCAAAAGAGCCAGAGUUGCGACAGAGAAUUAUUCCUGAUGGCACUGAUCAUCCGGAUGGCCAUGCUGGAGUCCAAAACAACACCUUUGAAAAUUCAACCCCAUCCUACCACCUCCACCAUCACCAUCACCAGCAGCAGCAGCAGCAGCAGCAGCAGCAGCAGCAGGAGGAGGAGACGACGACAGAGGAAUGCCCAUGUCCCAAACCCGAGGACUUUCCAGAACAGGGAACAUGGUCACCUUUCUUAACCAACGUGUGCCUGUACACCGCUGUGGCCCUCAGCGCAUACGCCUGCUACCGAGCCUAUUUCCAUUGAGCUGUUCUCCUUCCUCCAUUUUGGUUUGGUUUUGUUCACCCCUCUCUGGUCCUGAUGGAGUGGACUUUGCUGGAUGUUCUCAUAGUUUUAAUAGAUUUAAGUUCAGGUUCAGGUUGGGGUUGGGAAUUGGACUAAAGGAGAUAUAUUAUGAAUUAUCUUGGAUUACAUGACUUGUUUUGGACCAGGGUUGUCAAUCUUUAAAGGAGCAUUAUGUAACUUUCCCACUUGAGGGUCCAACAACUAACUUGGCUAUUUGAAGAUUUUCUUACUUUGCCUAAAUGUUCCAAAGAAUGGCAUUAAACUUAGCCAGUGCCAUGGACACAAGUAACUCAGUAAGAAAGCAUGUUUUUCCAAUAUAUUUUCUUUAGCAAUAAAAACAAUUGAAUAAAUGUAAGAUAGUCAAGUUAAAUGCCAUACUGUGGAACAUUCCAGGCAAUGUAAUAUAAUCUCAAGCAGACAGAUCCUCCAGCACAAAAGUUACCUAGUGCCUCUUUAAGCAAUCAGUUGCCACUAUGGGCUUAGUCAGGACUUUUUAGCUGGAGUUUUUAGCCUGCUGGGCAUGUUUUUGCACAUGUGUUGUACAAUUAAAUCCAGCCAGUGGUUACAGUUAUUGGACUGAGCAACCAGAAAUUGAUUAAAGAAAUUUAACAGAAAAUGCUCCAGAUGAAACAAAGAAUUUAUGUCUAAUCAGAAAAAAGGAUCUCACCAACAAGGUUUAAUUGAACAUGUGUGAAUGAAAGACACAAAAUGUCAUGGUUGAAAGGUCUUGCAUAAUAUGUCUCCUUUAAAGGUGCACUGUGUAACUGUCGCUACCUGCUUGCCUCCAUAGAGAUGUUAUUUCAUGUCUACCCCUACAAAUGCCAUACUGUGGUAUAUUCAAUGGCAUUUAACACUUCCAUCUCUAUGAAGAUGAGUGAUGUCUGCUGAAUUCGUUAUUGGUCGAAUCUAUACGUGAUCGUGCUCUCUGUGAUGCAGGUUUUUCCAAGUUUUAUUUUUUUUUAGCAAUACAAAAAACACAAAAUGCAAGCUAAGUUUAAUGCCGCACUGUGGAACAUUCCAGGCAUCAAAAUAGAGAAAAGCAGGUGGCAGACACUACUAAAAAGUGGCAUAUCGCACCUGUAGUUUUAGGGUUGGUAUGAAAUAGAAACUGCCAAUCCUCAAUAUUUUUUUUUCCUCAUGAAUAUGUUAAAUAAGUUUAUGCUCAGGGCUUUAGUUUUUCAGGUGUCACAAGAAACUGAAUGGAAAUACAAUAAUGUACAGUAGUGAUAAAGAAAAGAUGCCCAAACUAUUUAAAGUGUGUCUGUUUAAAAUGACCAAAUAUUGUGUGCUCCUUAUACUGGUUUAUUUAGGAUUUCACAAUGUAAAAAUGUAAAAUGAUUGUGUAAAGAAACAGCAAUUUCAUACAAACAUCAUUAUUAAUCAUUGGAAAAAAAAUAUAAUAACUUCUCUUCAUUCAUACUAAUUCAUUACCAUAUUUCAUUCAAAGUUUCUUAUAAACCAAUGUGUGUCCCAUAACAUCCCAUAUUGGUGGACUUACAGAAUUUAAAUCUGAUAUUUAUGAUUCAUAUUACUAAAAGUGUGGUCCUAUUUGUGCAAAAUUGACUCCUGUGAGCUUUAAGCCAUGUUAAAAUGUUGUAACCUCACUGAAAAAGUAUGUGAAGUUGUAUUUUGUUUUAUUUACACAUGUAUGAGUAAUCCUUUAUUAUUAGUCUGUCUACAUCUCCAAAGCUCAAAAUGAUCUGUUCUACCUUGUCAUGUCAUAAAGUGGUAGUUUUCAAGUUAACAGGUACCAUUUGUUUAGUAAAGCUUGGUAAUUCCAGGUCUGAUUCUAGUGAAGGUGUAUAGUUUAAAAACAGGAGCAUUUUCUGUAUUACCACAUGACAUCAGGUGGAACAGAGUGUUUAAAUAUGCAGGAUUUGUGUGUUAAACAGAAAACUCAACUCCAGAUAUGUUUUUGAUGAGGAAACAACAUAAUUGAUCAGAAAUUGCGUAAUAUGGGCCCUUUAAAUGUAAAAUAGUUCAUCCCAACAUCCCUACAUUUCAUCUCAUCUGAAUAUGUAUUUAAUUUUUAUUUCUAAACAGUCUAUUCCAAAAGAGGGCUCAUUCAUUAGUGGCUGGUCACGGGUUGUUGUGUACUAAAGGGUUAAAGUUAUUUCUAGCCAACUUUUUAAAUGCAAGAGACUGUGCUAUGAAUGUGUGGGCUGCGGCUACAAUGUCCUGUACUGUACAUGUAUGUGAUUUUCUACUUUUUUUUUCGCCAGCAAUACAAAUAUUCAAUAGCAUGACCCUUUAUCAGACUGGAGGGAUCUGAACAGGGAACCAGGGAUAGUGUAGAGCUGAAUGAACUUGGGGUGGGGAAAAAAAGUUGAAUUGCAAGUUUUCUGGCAUCUAUUUUGAUAGAGGGUAGAUUUGCAGUAUAUUUUAAAAUCGAAGAUUUGUUUAACUUCAAAACAAGCCCAAAACAUUAACAUUUGAGAAAAAACAUGUUUUAGAGAGGUCAUGUUUAUAGGUUAACUAUUGAAUUAACUGGUUUUAUUCAUGGAUUUCAGACUGACGAAAAAAUUUUAUAGUUGCCAUAGCAAUUAACAAUUAAAAUAUGAUAUAAUCUGAAUGGUUAAAAGUCUUCAAAAUUUCACCUAUAAUAGAAAGUUGAAGUCCAUGAUGUAUAAAACCAAACUGAGACAAGAUAUUUUGUUUUCUGCAUUGUUCUCACAAAAUAAUUUCAGUCUUUAUUUGCCAAUUGUGACCAAUUGCAAUUUUGAAUUGAUUUUCAUUUAUCAUUCAGCUCUAAUUGUGAACAAACCAAAAAUCCAACACCAGCACUGCAACUUGUACAAUAUGUUGUUUCUAAUUGUGUGUAAAAUUCAUUUUUUUCCAGAGCUGGCAAAGGCAUUAAGUUUUGUAUAAUUUAGAUUUUUAAUUUUUAGCAUGCUGCAUCUGUCACUCAGCGGGUUUGUCCAAAGAAGAGAUUUUUUUUUGAGCUGCUAAGUUUCAGUUUAUGACUCUAAACAUUGUGGAGUCUGACAGCUGUACUUCUCAUUCGAAUGUAUUUGUCCCAUCUGAGGAUAUGCCCAUAUUAAAUAUAUAUUUUGUGUAAUCAA